AUGCCCCCCGCGCUCAACCGGUCGUCGUCGGCAGCGGCAGCGGCGGCGAACGCCAAGAUGUAUUCGGCGCAGGGGCCGCACGUGGUGGGGCUGGACGAGAUCGAGGCGCUCAAGGCGUCGGCCAACAACCUCUUCGUCGAGGGCAAGUUCGGCCAGGCCAUCAUCGGUGAGCCAUCAUCGGUGAGUGAGUGCCGCGCCAGGCCAUCAUCGGUGAGUGAGUGCCGCGCCAGGCCAUCAUCGGUGAGUGAGUGCCGCGCCAGGCCAUCAUCGGUGAGUGAGUGCCGCGCCAGGCCAUCAUCGGUGAGUGAGUGCCGCGCCAGGCCAUCAUCGGUGAGUGAGUGCCGCGCCAGGCCAUCAUCGGUGAGUGCCGCGCCAGGCCAUCAUCG